GGCGGAGCUUAGUUACUGGCUAUGCUACUAGCAAAACUUAAAUGAUGAAAAGUCCUAACCGCGUGACACAAAAUCUAAUAACAUUUGUAUUUCGCACAACUCUGGCUUUAUAACAUUGGAGAGUUGAAUUGUUACUGUGUUACUGAGGAAAAAGUUACUUUUGAAACUAAAAAGUAGCUAACUCGGACUACUUUUUGACAACUGUUGGAUUUCCUGGGUAAACCUUGCCUACGGUUUGUUUAUAUUUACUUUGCAAAAGACGAAGAAAAUGUCGGAGCUAAGCGACGAAGCCAGUGAGUCCGAGCAGCUGGGCGUGAGUCUCUCCUUGUGGCUUGGGGAGUCCCUGGUGAGUGCCGAGGAACUGGACGUCCCUCUGGACCUUCACACCGCCUGCUCCAUUGGACAGUACGACGUGGUGGCAGAGUGCAUUCAAAGGGGUGAGGUUGACCUAAACAGCAAGAACAUUGGAGGUUGGACGCCCCUGAUGUACGCGUCAUAUAUCGGCCAUGACAACAUAGUCAAUCUCCUUCUGGAAGCCGGCGUGAACGUCAACGCUACUACCGCGAGAGGACAAACUCCCUUAAUGCUAGCGGCUAGCUGCGGGAAUGAAAGCAUUGCCUACUUUCUGCUCCAACAAGGGGCCGAGUUAGAAGUGAAAGACUGUCGAGGUUGGACGGCGCUGUUCCAUUGUACGAGUACGGGUCACCCACAGAUGGUUAAAUUUAUGCUGGAUAACAACGCGGAUGCUAACGUGAGGGAGCCCGGUUCUGGAUUCACACCCUUGAUGGAGGCUGCUGCUUCUGGGCAUGAGAUUAUCGUUCAAUACCUGCUGGAUCACAAAGUGAAAGCCGAUGAGCGCAACGCCAAAGGCGAGACAGCCCGAGCCCUCGCCAUGUUGUACGGCAACACCAAGAUUGCUAGCCUGAUUGAUUCUCGCUCUCCCAGGACCAAACCAGGACACUUUGAAGACCUGAGUUCCUCCGAGGAUUCGGACAGCGGCCCACCAAGGACGCGAGCUAGCCGCAACCGGGCUAAAGGCAUCAGCAUCCACGACGGACCCCAAGCCAUCGCUAAAUUCCGAGUCGGAGGAUCGAGCGCACCUCGCACGACAAGUGGCUACGUGGCAUUUAGCAAUAUGGACGACGGCAUGCGCUGUCGGGACAUGACUUCGCCCAUUAACGAGCUGGACGGGCAGAGCAAUAGCAGCAGAGAUGACAGUCCAUUCUUUGACAAUGACAUGCCAACCAUGAGAAGCAGUAGCAGCAGCAGUGAAUGUUUACCAAAUGUGAUCGGUUGGGAAGGUUCAGUGGAAAGCAAUGAGGACUCAGACCAGUGUCAAAAAAGUAGCUCACGUCGACUGACAAAGGCGCAUCACUCUAAAGGCAAAAGUCGGCAUGAUGGAGGACCUUCAGGGGAUUGCUCACAAGUUCCGGCGUCAUACAGCGGGCCAAAAGAUUUGGCAGAGUUCUUGGAACAACUCGGCUUCUCAAAGUAUCUGCCGUUACUCGAGGAACAAGAUAUCGAUUUACGCAUUUUUCUCACCUUGACGGAGAAUGACUUGAAAGAAAUCGGAAUCACUUUGUUCGGGCCUAAACGCAAGAUGACCUCCGCGAUCGCGAGAUGGCAUAGCGGCGCUCGACCUCCUAGUGACGCAUUGGAGCAGUCUUACGCCGACCAGUUGGAAGCGGAGAUGCAGGAGAUGGCCAUUCAGCUACACAAACGCUGCGAGCAAGUGGAAGCCCUGCAAAGUCAGGUGUCGCAGGAGAAGGAGCUGCGCACGGUGAUGGAGGGCUGCCUGAUGGAGGACAAGAUGGCAUGGAGGAGAGUCCACGCCGAGCUGGUGGAGAACCACCGGCUGAGCCAGGACAUGAGCGCCACGCUGGCCAAAGCCCGAUCGUGCGGUUCCGAGUUGCUGGCCUCGUUGGACGGACUUCAUCCGGCUUCCGAGCUGGUGAAGGAAAUCAACGCGUACCAGGACCAACUAGCGAACACUUUGCAAACCGUGCUUCAAAGCCUGAGGCGGUUGAGCGCGCCGGAAAAAGUGGCGGAUAGUUGGGAAAGGCCUUAAUCACUCCAGUGGUUUCUUGAGUGAUGACGGCGGGUGAGAUGACCACCCUAAACUACAGUAUGUUGAGGGGAGACCAUGCUGGACGCAGCCCACCCAGACGGACCGAACGGUGCACGGUUCUGACAAGCAGACAAUAGGUGGGACAAGUGACCCCCACGCGUUUGUGCUCGUGUUGGGCAACAGUGAGGACCACACCCGCAAAAGCUAGGAAAUAGUUUGUAGAUCCGACAAGCGGUGGGCAAAGGAUGGCACUUUAAACCGACCGCCAAGCAUUUACGCCAAAGAUUAGAUUUUUCUUAUUUCAAAAGAGAACGCUAAUUUAAUGUAUUGUAAAUUAUAGAAAAAUACUAGUACACAGUAUUUUAGAUUAGUCAAAUCAGUUUAUUUGUACCCAUAUUUUUUUUUGUUUAAAACACUGAACUAAUGAUGAAUUAGAGAUGUUAAUUUUAUGAUAUUAGUUUCUUGUUUUAAUACAAUAAUUUAAAAUUAAAUAUUAACUUCAGGUAAAAUUGGUUAAAUUUUUAGAACAGUUAUGAACAACAACAUUAAAAAAUACAGUCAAAAUUGUGCAUAAAUUAACAAUUUUAUUAUUUUUCUCAACGUGUUACUUGUCUUUUUUUAGUAUUUUUAUAAGCCGCAUCCACAAAUUUUCACAAGAAAACUGUAUUUUUUCACAUAUAAGCCGCACUGAAUGGACUGUAACUCACAGGUUUCCGCAUUGUAUUAUGGGAUGUUUACACUAAAAGACAUGCAGCCGAUUAGACUAAAAAAAUCCAUAUAUAAGCCACAUGGGAGGAAAAAAGCAGCGGCUUAUAGUCUGAAAAUUAUGGUCAUUUUGUUUGGAAAUGUCCUGCUGAAUGUUUUUUGAAGAAAAAAAAAAAAAAUCAAACAUUCUCAUUGUUGUGAAAGAAAAGAAAUUAAACUUAUUUUUCUAAUGAUUGAUUGUUUUUUUUUAACUCAUAUUCACAGCUUUUGAAUAUAAGUUUUGAUUGCGAUUCACUGAAAGUCAAGAGUCUUCAACAGCAAGUAUGUGCAAAGUUACUCGCGCUUCAAACCAGACUAUGUCAUAUGAGCAAAAGCGGAAUGCUGAAAAAAGUUCCAGCGAGUCCACUACGACGGCCUCGAGCAAAAAAGACGAGAACUUACAACACCUUCUAAAACUCUCAGGAGUGUGCUUUUUCAUGUAUGGUAUUUUUAGAAUAUUAACAAAGUUAGCAUGCUUAUGCUAUGCUUAGCAUGUGAGCCCAUAAGGGGAAAAAUGGCAUCUUUUCAU